GGAGCAUAUUCAAUAGGGUAAAUCGGGUAAUUCAAUAUGGCGGACGGCAUGGAGAACUUGAAGCUGACUGUGAACGAGGACUUUGCCAAGAAACUCCACAAACAAAAAGAAAGAGCAGAACUAGAUCAAUUAAAACAGAAAUUUGGUGACAAGGACCUUGACAGUGAAUCAGAUUCAAGCUCCUCCGAAUCUGAAGAUGACGAUGCACGGGAACUCACAUCACAGAAAGAAAAGGAUUUUCUAAUAGUCUUGUCCAUGAUAAAGAAUAAAGACCCUAAGAUUUACAGCAAGGAUUCUAAAUUUUAUCAUGAUGAUGAAAAAAGAGCUUCCUCAGAAGAGGAUAACAAGCAGCAUGACAAGCCUAAGAAGCCAAUGUUUUUGAAAGACUAUGAAAGAAAGGAGUUGCUAGAAAAAGGGAGCAAAGCAUUUCUAAGUGAUGAAGAAAGUGAUGAUGAGGAAACAAAUCAGGGUAGAGCAUCCCCUACCUUUGUGGAAGAGCAAAAACAAAUCAAGGAAAGUUUUAAGGAAGCCAUUCAAGACAGUGACAACGAUAAUGAUGAUGACUUCCUGAAAGUCCGAGAAAAAACCUCCGAAGAAAAGAUGGAGGAGGAAAGAGCUUACGUUGAAUGGUUAAAGGGACAAAAGAGUAAAGAAACCAAACCUGAUGAGGAAAUGGAGGCAUUGCGACAUUACUGGAUGGAUCCAAGCUUGGACGAAGGUGAACAGUUCUUGAGAGAUUACAUUCUUGACAGAAGUUACAUUGAGAAAGAUUCAGAAAGAAUUCCUAGUUAUGAUGAAAUUGUAGGUGAUGAUGAGGACGAGUCAGAAGUUGAAAAGCAGGAAGAAUUUGAACGGAAAUUUAAUUUCAGAUUUGAGGAACCAGAUGCAGAGUUUAUCAAAACAUAUCCUCGCACCAUACAAGGAUCAGUGCGAAAAACAGAUGAACGUCGAAAAGAAAAAAGAAAACAAAGGGAUUUGAAAAAGGAAAAGGAGAAAGAACAGAAACGAGAGGAACUUAAAAGAUUAAAAAACCUCAAGAGAAAAGAGAUAAUGGAGAAACUUGAAAAGUUAAAAGAAAUCACUGGAAACCCUAAUGUUGGUUUUAAAGAGGAAGAUAUAGAAGGUGACUUUGAUCCCAAGAAAUAUGACGAGGCAAUGCAGAAAGCAUUCAAUGAGCAGUUUUAUGAAGAAGAUGAAAAUGAAAAGCCUGUAUUUGAAGAUGAUUUGGACGAUAUUGGUGAGUGUUGUGUCAGAACUGUGUGCAUCAUGCACAAUACAUUGUCAAAGUUAUUUGUUUUUGUGGUGAUGGUAAGGCUUGAAGCUAGACAGAUGGAUGCAGACUACCACGAAAAUGAAAAUGAUCCAAACAUGUUUGGAGGAAGGAAAAGAAAAGGAAGAUCACGAUUCGCUCGCGUUGUUGCACAGAAAAAACCUGUGUUUGAUCCAAACGAGAAGACCUUUGAAGACUACUUUGACGAGUAUUACAAACUGGAUUAUGAGGACAUUAUCGGUGAUAUGCCUUGUAGAUUCAAAUACCGACAAGUUGUACCUAAUGACUACGGGCUCACAACAGAAGAGAUUUUAUCAUGUCCUGACAGAGAACUAAACCAAUGGGCCUCAGUCAAAAAGAUGUCUCAGUACAGAGCUGAAAGUGAAGAGUACCAAGAUAUCAAAAAAUACCGCAAGCGAGGGAGAGAUCUGCAGCGAAAGAAAAAGAUUCUUACUUCACUUGCCGAGACAGAAAGAGAAAAUGAAGGAAAUUUCAAGAAGAAAAAGCUCUUCAGGGACAGUUUAACGAAAAAGGCUAAAACGCCUGAAAACAUUGUUAAUAGUAAUGGAACACCUGAACAAAAUGACAGUAGAACUAAAGCGAAGAAUGUCCCCAGGAAAACAAUAAACGGCAGUGAAGGGGGGAAUAAAAACAGUCAGGUUUCACAAGAACAAAAUCGUCCAAUGGAACAAGGACAGAAAUGUUUAAAGGACAAAGAAGAAUCGAAAAAAGGGAAACAAAAGCAAGAAAAUCCAAAGCGAAGGAGACUAACAUUUAAGGAGAUGAAAGAACUUCGAGAAUUGCGGAGUUCCGGAGCAGAAUGGCAACUAAAAUACAAUUUUCAAACAUACUCGCAAAAACCUCUCGUGGAGAAACACAAAUUUAUUUCACAAAUAACACAGUCAAAGUCAACUUGUUUUCAUUUACACUGUAGAGCUGAAAGUGAAGAGUACCAAGAUAUCAAAAAAUACCGCAAGCGAGGGAGAGAUCUGCAGCGAAAGAAAAAGAUUCUUACUUCACUUGCCGAGACAGAAAGAGAAAAUGAAGGAAAUUUCAAGAAGAAAAAACUCUCCAGGGACAGUUUAACGAAAAAGGCUAAAACGCCUGAAAACAUUGUUGAUAGUAAUGGAACACCUGAACAAAAUGACAGUAGAACUAAAGCGAAGAAUGUCCCCAGGAAAACAAUAAACGGCAGUGAAGGGGGGAAUAAAAACAGUCAGGUUUCACAAGAACAAAAUCGUCCAAUGGAACAAGGACAGAAAUGUUUAAAGGACAAAGAAGAAUCGAAAAAAGGGAAACAAAAGCAAGAAAAUCUAAAGCGAAGGAGACUAACAUUUAAGGAGAUGAAAGAACUUGCAGUCAAAAAACGAUUGCAAAGACAGUUCAGAGGGGCAAAGAAAGAACGGCUGAGUAAUCUAUCGGCUGCUAGGCUGGCCUCUUAUGGAUUGACCAAGAAGAAAAAGAAGAAAUCAUAGUGUAUUGUAAUCAGCUGUUAUGUGGAUAGUGACAAUUGGGUCUAUCAAGGAUGUUUGGGAUGAGACUGCCCACAUCUCCCCACUGAGUCCUACGGUUUCACUCUCUUUACCCUACCAUACACAGGCCUCUGUUGCAUUCCUAUUUUACAGAAACAAAAACAAUGUAACGGGGCUAGGAUUGUUGUUUAGAGAGAAAGUUGAUUCUCGUAAAUGGUUUCGAAGAAGAGGUUAUUAGGCCGAUUUAACAGGAGAACGGGAACGUCACUUGACGACGGCGCGCGCAGUACAAAUACCCAAAUAUGGUCAAAUUAGAACAGAAUCCAGGUUAUUCCGCACGCCCUGCAGUCGUCAUCUGACGUUCCCGUCCUGUUGCUAAAUCAGCCUACUGGCUAACCACUGCCAUGAAAUUAAUGCCAAAUCUCAUCAAUUGUUCUUUCUUAUUUAACAGGGAGAGGUUUUUUUAUAAAUUUAUUUUAGUUUGUGCCAUAACACCUGCGUCCUUCCCCCCACGU